GUUUCUAAAUCAUACAUGAUCCAAGUCUUCCUGUCUUCUUCACUCAUCUUCAGACACAACAGAGAAACUAAACAUUAGAUUAGAUUUUUCAGACAAGGAAUUUUUUUUUGUUUUUUCAACUCGAAAUCCGAAGAAUGAAGUUCGGGAAAGAGUUCUCGUCGCAGAUGGUGCCGGAAUGGCAUGAAGCAUACAUGGAUUACGGUCGUCUCAAGUCUCAAUUAAAAGAAAUCAUCAAAUUCAAACGCAAAACCAAUCCUCACCACAAUCACGGCCAUCAUCACGGCGAAGGCCUUCGCCGGAAACUGACUCUCUACCGAACAUUCAGCGGUUUACUCUCAACGCCGGGACGAAAAAGACACCACCACGGACACGGACACGGUCACGGACACGGACAGAUCGGCCAUUUCUCUGAUUCCGACGACGACAUCGAGGAAGGACUUAAAUCUGCGCCGAUUCUGGUACACAGCGCGAGUCACGGAUACGAGACGACGUUUCUGAUGGAGUCCGAGGAAGGAGGAGAGUACGAGACGGUGUUUUUCCGGCGACUAGACGACGAGUUCAACAAAGUUGAGAAAUUUUAUAAAUCGAAAGUGGAGCAAGUGAUUAAAGAAGCUGUGAUGCUUAACAAACAAAUGGAUGCUCUAAUCGCGUUUCGUGUGAAAGUGGACCAUCCUGACGGUUGGCCUUGGGAGGAACGGACGGUUGAGAUGACUCGUUUAGCUUCUGAUGUCGCUAAUUCCGCCGCGACCGUCGCUGCUUCUACUCCCGCCGGUGCUAGAUCCAUGAAAGCUAGAGCUCAUCAAGCUCACAUGGAAGCUAUACAGGAAGGAGGAUCAAGCAAAGCUGGUAAAUCCGAUGAAGAUGAGGACGAUGAUGAUGCGGAGAAAGAAGACGAUAACGUCGUUUCCGACGAAUUGGCCGGUGACACAAGUAGAUUAAAAGCUGCGAGGCCAUCUCCGAUCGAGGUUUUGGAUCGUGUUAAGCUCAACCAUACCACGGAAACGCCUCGGUCCACCAUUAAAGGCGUUCUACAGGUCUCGAAUACGGAGCUUAAGUUUAGCAGAGAUAAUCUGAGGAGAGUCGAAGGGAAGCUCAGACGCGCCUUCGUUGAGUUCUACCAGAAGCUUCGGCUACUCAAGAGCUACAGCUUUUUGAAUGUGUUGGCGUUUUCCAAGAUUUUGAAGAAGUAUGAUAAGAUAACUUCGAGGCAUGCUUCAAAGUCUUACAUGAAAAUGGUUGAUAACUCUUACCUUGGAAGCUCUGAUGAGGUAAUUAGACUCAUGGAGCGUGUUGAAGCUACGUUUAUAAAGCAUUUCACCAAUGCUAACAGAACAAAAGGAAUGAACAUCUUGAGACCGAAAGCUAAAAGAGAGAGACAUCGAAUUACAUUCUCCACAGGUUUCUUGAGUGGAUGCGUGUUUUCUCUAGUUGUGGCUCUAUUCGCCAUCAUACGCACCCGAAACAUUUUGCAGGAGGAAGGCCAAAAGCAGUACAUGAACACUAUGUUCCCUCUUUACAGCUUGUUUGGGUUCAUCGUGCUGCACAUACUUAUGUAUGCUGGAAAUAUCUACUAUUGGAGGAAGUAUCGAGUGAAUUAUUCUUUCAUUUUUGGGUUCAAGCAAGGAACUGAACUUGGCUAUAGACAAGUUCUACUUGUGGGUUUUAGCAUUGGAGUCCUUGCGCUUGUUUGUGUUAUUGCCAAUCUUGACAUGGAGGUUGACCCUGAAACUAAAGAUUACAAAGCAUUAACCGAGCUUCUUCCUCUUUUCCUGCUUAUUGUUAUGUUUAUAGUUCUAGUCUUACCAUUCAACAUCUUCUACCGCUCGAGUCGCUUCUUCUUCCUCACAUGCCUCUUUCACUGCGUUGCUGCUCCUCUUUACAAGGUAACUUUACCAGAUUUCUUGUUGGGCGAUCAGUUAACAAGUCAGGUGCAAGCUCUUCGAAGCGUCCAGUUUUACAUAUGUCACUAUGGUUGGGGAGAUUACAAACAUAGAAAAAACACUUGCACAGACUCAGAUGCCUACAAUGCUUUCUUAUUCAUUGUUGCUGUCGUCCCAUACGUCUGGCGUCUCCUUCAGUGCCUGAGACGGCUAUUUGAAGAAAAAAGCGCAGAACAAGGAUACAAUGGCCUCAAAUACUUCUUGACUAUAGUGGCCGUCUGUUUGAGGACAGCGUACAGUGUCGUCGACGAGGAUCAUAAAUUUGUCUGGAGAAUGUUAGCUGGGAUCUUCUCAGCUAUUGCUGCUGUUUUCUGUACUUACUGGGACUUAGUCCUUGACUGGGGUCUUCUAAACAGGACAUCUAAGAACCGUUGGCUCCGGGAUAAACUCCUUAUCCCGCAAAAGAAAGUAUACUUCAUCGCGAUGAUCUUGAACAUCUUGCUCAGAUUCGCGUGGCUGCAGACCGUCCUGGAUUUCAACUUCUCCUUUAUGCAUAGACAGACGAUGGUUGCUGUUGUAGCCAGUCUGGAGAUUAUCCGCCGUGGGAUAUGGAAUUUCUUCAGGUUAGAGAACGAGCAUUUGAACAAUGUGGGGAAGUUCAGAGCAUUCAAGACGGUUCCAUUACCGUUUAACUACGACGAGGAUGACGACAAAGACAACUAGCUUUUCGAUCUCUUGUCUUAAAUUAUGUAAAGACAGAAGGAUUCUUCAACUAUUCAUUCACAUUGAGUAGGAGGAAGACGAAGACUGGAUUAGACCAAAGCUGGUCCGUCGAGAUCAAGACAGGGAUUGUAAGAGUUGAUUUCGACCUUGUGGUUGAUUCUAGGAGUUACUAACUAAUUGCUAGCUUAAUCAUAGUAAUUAGGAUCACCUCUUACAUGAGGGGAGGAAGGUAGAGAGACCCCAUUGAGCAAAUGUACUAUGAAUUUCUCGUUUGAGUUAUCUAAUAUCACAAGAUUCUCAUGUUGUAUAUAAAAA